CGCCGGCGCCGCUCUAUCGCUCUAAAAUAACCUUUCCAGUUCCACCGGGACUAGCUGAAAGGAGAGGGAACGGAGGGGGAUGGCGUCGCCGGACGACGAGAUAAGCCGGCUCUUCCGCAUCCGCCGCACGGUGUAUGAGAUGCUGCGCGACCGCGGAUACGGUGUCCGCGACGAACAAAUCAAGCUCGAAAGGCACAAGUUCAUCGAACGCUACGGCAACCCCGUCCGCCGUGACGAGCUCACCUUCAACGCCACAAAGUUGAACGGCCCAUCGGACCAGAUCUACGUGUUCUUUCCUAAUGAGGCAAAGCCCGGGGUGAAGACAAUCAGGAACUACGUCGAGAAGAUGAAGAACGAGAACGUCUUCGCCGGCAUACUCGUCGUGCAGCAGGCGCUCAGCGCCUUCGCACGCAGCGCCGUUCAGGAGGUCUCCCAGAAGUACCACCUCGAGGUCUUCCAGGAAGCUGAGCUUCUUGUCAACAUUAAGGACCAUGUCCUAGUGCCAGAGCAUGUGCUCCUGACACCGGAAGACAAGAAGACUCUUCUAGAGCGGUACACCGUGAAGGAAACCCAGCUGCCCCGGAUUCAGAUUACAGACCCGAUAGCAAGAUACUAUGGGAUGAAGCGUGGGCAGGUCGUGAAGAUCACAAGAGCCAGUGAGACUGCUGGAAGAUACAUCACCUACCGCUACGUUGUCUGAGUUUUGCUACAUUCUCAUGGCUUAAGCUUCCGCACCAAGCGAAAAUGACCUCUACUUGCUAAUCCUGCUGUGUACUCGGAAUAUCUGUUGCCC